UCAGGAUGACUACAUCAAAAACAUGGAGGGAAACAUGGGCUCUGAUGAAACCGUGGACACCACCAAGGACCCGUGCCAGAAUGUGAAGUGCAGCCGCCAUAAGGUGUGCGUCGCUCAGGGCUACCAGAGGGCCAUGUGUGUCAAUCGCAAGAAACUGGAGCAGAGGGUCAAACAGUCGGGGCAGCUGGAGGCUCAAGAAAACAGCUGCAAGCCUUGCCCUGUUGCUGCCUCCUCACCUGUAUGUGGCUCUGAUGGACACAACUACGCCUCUGAGUGUAAGCUGGAGCAGCAGGCCUGCCUCACAGGCAAAGAGCUCAGCGUCAUGUGUAGCAGCUUUUGCCCGUGUGCCACAGCCUCCGUCACCCUCACAAAUACUGACACAAAACGUGAGAGCUGCACCGGCCAGGACCUGGCAGACCUGGGUGACCGUCUGAGAGACUGGUUCCAACUCCUUCAUGGAAACGCAAAGCAGAAUAACUCUGGCAAGCUCAGAGCUGGCACCGCUUCAGCGCUGGACAAGAGCCUCGUUGCCAGCUGCAAGGACUCCAUCGGCUGGAUGUUCUCAAGGCUGGACACCAACAGUGACCUGUAUCUGGACCAGGCCGAGCUGGCUGCCAUCAACCUGGACAAGUACGAGGUCUGCAUCCGACCCUUCUUCAACUCCUGCGACAGCUACAAGGAUGGGAAGGUCUCUACCGCGGAGUGGUGCCUCUGCUUCUGGAGAGAAAAGCCACCGUGCCUCGCCGAGCUGGAGAGGAUCCAGGUGCAGGAGGCGGCCAAGAAGAAGCCUGGGAUGUACAUUCCCAGCUGCGACGAAGACGGCUACUACAGGAAAGUGCAGUGUGACCAAAGCCGAGGGGAGUGCUGGUGCGUCGACCAGCACGGUGGAGAGAUGAUGGGCACCAGAAUCCAUGGCAACCCUGACUGCGAUGAAGUGGCGGGAUAUUCUGGAGAUUUUGGGAGCGGAGUGGGAUGGGAGGAUGAAGAGGAAAAGGAGUCAGAGGACACCGGAGAGGAGGCAGAAGAGGAGGAAGAGGAGGAGGGCGAGGCAGACGACGGGGGAUACAUCUGGUAGAACUGUCUGACCUGAUGCGGAGAGCCGAGUCACAGCCACUGGCCUGAAAAUCUACAGGGAUGGCUCUCUCCUCACAGGAAAAGAUUUUGGGAUUGGAUCGAGGAGGCAUGGAGUUGUGUAUCAUCCUGGUGGGAUAUGUGGUGCUGGGCAGGUCCGGGGAUCAGACGAUGACCAGUUUUUGUCUUAGAUAUGUGUAAUUGCUUCAUUCUCUUGUCUCUGUUUUUUUUUUUUGGAGCAACAGAGCUUUUUGUUUUGCUGUCCUGAAAAGCAGGACCCACUGACUACUGCGCCAUAGGUAGCUCAAGUCCAUCAGAAUUCCUAUCUCGUCCAACCGCCAUCUAUGCAUAUAGAGAUUACCAGUUAUUUUGUAUCGCGUGAACAAUUGCUUGAGUAUUAGAGCCGCCAUCCCACUGGAAUGUCUAGAGAUCAGAAUUUAAGGGAAUUAUUUUACAUUUUCAGGAAAUAUGCUUGUUUGCUUUCUUGCCCAGAGAUUUAUGAUAAAUAUAAAGCUAGAGCAAAUAGACGGUUAGCUGUUAGCUUAGCAUAAAGACUGCAAACAGUUGGCUCUGUCUUAAGGGGAAAAAAAAUGAAAAAAUACAAAAAUUUGCCAAAAAGAAAUAGUCUAUACAUCCUAAGCAACUUACCGGCUGCUAAAUUAGUACAAAUAUAUGGUAGUAAAAAAAUGUAUGCUUCAUCCACACCAACUUCCACAGUGUAGGAAAACACUGCUAUCAUCAGAUGAAUGUCGACUUUGUUCAGCUGAUUCUGUAACAAGUGUAGCAUGAAAGCGUAGUAGAAUUUGCAAGCUAGCUAGCUAGCCAGCCGGUAACUAAAUGAGCCAAAUUUAACGACUUAAUGCAUCAUUCACACUCUUGUCACAAUGAAGUAAAGCAUAGUAAGGCUGCACUAGUUGAAAUAUGAGUGGGGGGAGAAAGAGGUGCAUAAAACCCUAUAAAAAUGCUAUUGUUUUUGACAAAUGAGAUAUAGUGUCUAUAUAGGUGAGCUUUAGAUGUGCUGGUAGGUGGAUUUUGUCACUUUUGGACAGAGCCAGGCUAUCUGUUAAAUCCUUGUUUCUCUCUUUAGGUAAUAUGUUACUGUUGUGUUUACAACUUGAUUCUGCUGCCCUCUAGUGGCCAAAAAUUAUUGCAGCUUUGAGCAAAGCUAACUGUCUCCAUCUAACUUUAUACUUACCAUGCAGACGGAGAGUUAUAUUGAUCUUCUCAACUAGUAAAUAAGCAUAUUUCUUCCUAAAUUGUUGAACUUUUCCGUUAAAGCAGUUCAGUGCAAUGUAGUUGUGUAUGUCCAAGCUGAUUCUGUAUAUAAAUCCAGUGUAAAUGAUCUGUGAAACAAGCCUCGAGGAUUUCAGGUUACUACAGUUUGAAGCUACCUUUAUGAUGAAGAUGCACCACAGCUCAUAGCAGUUUUUAAAUCUCACAGCUUUACGAUUUAAGUGGAUACACACAACUAUACAGGACCUACAAUUCCAGUUGGGUUACUUUUAUUGUAAACCAGUAGAAUGUACUUUAAUGGCCCAAACUGCACCUACAGUAGAAACCACUAGUCGGAAAUCAUGUCAAAGAAUGUGCCACAAUUAUGUUUUAUUCUGAGUUUGCAACUUGAAAAACUAUUUUAUGUUUAUAAAAAAAAAUGUGUGCAUUACUUGAAGUUCUGUGUGUAUACUUGAAUUCACAUUGUAAUUUUUUUCUAUGACAGUAUUGUUGCCAUAUCUUCAUUCAUGCUAUUGGUAGGCCGGAUAUUUGGUUGUUUUUAGUAUUGCAUGUUAGUAAAUAAGAAUGUACAUCUAGGCUGAGCACUUUACUAAUAAAGGCACUGGAGCCAAAGUG